CUCGAGCUCCGCGUCGUAUGCUGCGCAAGCGCGCGCUAGGUGGCAAGACGGCGCAGACUCCGCGCCGUUCGUCGUCUGCGACUGCGAGCGACAACUAAUAUGGCGUCCGAGGCAGGCAUGAAAGUGGAUAACCCAGGAGAGUCCUUAGAAUCGCUAUCUAAGGAAAUCGAACAGCUCAAAGCACGCCUCGAAGAAGAACGAAAAAAACUCAACGAUGUAGCGCUAUCAACGGUUGCGCAACGGCUAGAAGCGAUAGCAAACCUCAACAUCAAGCCUCGACGAGUGUUAAAAGGACACCAAGGAAAAGUGCUCUGUUCUGACUGGUCCUUAGACAAGAGGCAUAUUGUCAGCUCAUCGCAGGAUGGGAAGAUGAUCAUAUGGGAUGCCUUCACAACUAACAAGGAACAUGCGGUAACCAUGCCGACAACGUGGGUCAUGGCAUGUGCUUAUGCGCCUUCCGGGAACAUGGUGGCUUGCGGUGGUCUGGACAACAAAGUAACGGUAUAUCCGCUGAGCUUCGAAGAGGAUGUAUCAACGAAAAAGAAGGCGGUGGGAACGCACACCAGCUACAUGUCCUGUUGCCUAUUCCCAAAUUCCGACCAACAGAUCCUGACGGGCAGUGGAGACAGUACAUGUGCCCUGUGGGACGUAGAGUGUUCGCAGUUGCUGCAAAGCUUCCACGGACACUCUGGAGACGUCAUGGCCGUAGACCUGUCCCCCACCGAGAUGGGAAACACUUUCGUCUCGGCUGGAUGCGACCGGCAAGCAUUGAUCUGGGACAUGCGAUCUGGCCAGUGCGUUCAGUCCUUCGAAGGUCACGAGUCUGACAUCAACACAGUCAAGUUCUACCCCAGCGGAGACGCCAUCGCCACGGGUUCCGACGAUGCGACGUGUCGUUUGUACGACCUACGCGCGGAUCGUGAAGUAGCGGUAUACUCCAAGCAAAGCAUUAUAUUUGGAAUCAAUUCUGUAGACUUUUCCGUGAGCGGGCGGCUAUUGUUUGCGGGUUACAACGAUUACACUGUGAACGUGUGGGAUGCCCUCAAGUGUGUUCGCCUGAGCAUCCUCUAUGGACACGAAAACCGCGUCACUUGUCUCAAGGUCUCUCCUGAUGGCACUGCGUUAUCCACAGGCAGCUGGGACUUCACGCUCAGGGUUUGGGCCUGAAGAAUGAAUAAACAGCUGACUUAAUUGGAAUAUUUUUAAGCUUUCAAAACUACAAAAUGGAGCAGCGCCGUGGGAUUACUACACACUGUGACCACGAGCAAUCCAGUGUCUACCAGCUCGUAACUUUUCUGUUUUCGGGAGGGUUUACGAAUCUUUCCCCUCGUUAGCCACCUUGGGCGUCCACGAGUCCCUGCGUAGCAAGGAACAUCAAGACGCUCGACAAGUGGGAGCUACUCUGCCCACUAGCGGCAUUCAUGUUACGACAUGAUACUUCUUGUUUUGUUUUGUUGCCAUACUUGCGACAAUUCAAGUUGUGGUUUCUUAACCUCUCCUACACGGGAUAUCCUGGAUUCAAACGGGCAAAACUUGUCGGCUGGUAUUGCCGGUCCAUGCAUCGCACGGAGGGAUGCAGAAACUUUUCUGUGGGAGGUAAACGAUAAGCAGAUGCAUCAUCUUAGUAGUGCCCUUCUGUCUGAAAAACAGAACCACCAUGCUGGUGCUUGGAAGUUUUGUUCUGCAUCUUUCUGUCUUUGUAGGAGAGCAUCUUUUCGAAUGUGGUGACCCAACAACCAACAGACAGAAAUCGUGACACACUGGUCAGCUGGGCUUCCAGUUUUCACAUUUUUUGUUUAGUUGUAUCAAAAUUGUUGAAGAACCGCUGGAAACGCACCUGAAAAUUGGCAGUUUCCAACGACUUUUAGAGGAAUUACAGAAGGAACUCUGUGAUAGGACGUGACACGACUGCUGUUUCUAGGACUGCAAGAUAGACAUUUAGACAGAGGCGUAACGAGGGGUGUAACGAGGGCGUCACCAAUCGGGCAUCUUUUCCGAGGCUCCAAAAGCGAUUCUGGUACUGUUAGUUUUAUGACCACACGCAAAAUUCCUUCCAGUACUCUCUAGCCAUUCUUCGGGAGUUCCGGACAUAAUGGACCCAAACCAGGAAAUUCUGCACCAUUAACUGGGUAUAUGUGUGUGCUUACAUAGCACAUAUGGAGGGUGCUCAUUCAAGAAACUGGCCUUCCACUUCGGACAGUGUGCUGCAAUGUGGCCUAUUUAGACUAACAUAAUUUCAAACAGCCCGUACCAGUCUUCAUGAGCUUACAGAAUUUUCUUAAUUAAUAAAAAUGGGUAGGAGGUUAAAAUUAGAAAGGAACAGUGUUCCCUUGUCUCUUUAUGAGUUAUAUUGGUACCUGCUGUAUUAAAACUUUUAUUACUGCUCAGUCUAUUUGUCGUUUCCCACAAGUACAGGGAUAUGUUGCCGACCCAUCUUCAUUAGUUAAUGAAAUCAAUUUCGGGUGAAAGAUAGCGUUGGCUGUUGAAAGGCCAUUAGAUCCGAGUUAGCCAAUUCCUGAAGAGGUUUUUGCAGCACAGUUUUGGAACAAGAAAUACAACCUGGAUUUAUAAACAAAUUUGGCCCAUAUCACAAAAAAUACGCUGUUAUAAGAAAAAGAAAGUGAAAUCUCUAUGACUGCAUGUUAAACAUGGUGCAUAUGCAUCAAGUGGAAUUGUAAAGUUACCACAAGCAAAUGGAAUGUACAAAGAAAAGCAAAUCUUCAAACAAUAAACUGUAUCGUGCAAAAUUUGAAAAUUUUGUUUGGACUUGUCUGAAAAUUGGGUACGGCAGGAAACAGCAGAACAAAACAUUGGAUUUGCGGACAUUCUGGCACUGCCUAUUAGCCUAAAGAAACGAUGCCCAACACACAUUCCUAAUGUCCAAGUUUAUCGUUCUUUAGUUGUUUUGUGCACGAAGGGCUCCCCAUAACUUUCAUCACCGCUAUGCCGUGACUGGUCACUUAUGUUAUUGCACCAAUCAUAGCGUACCUUACUUGCAACCAUAGUUCGGCACCUUUCUCGAGAUUCAUUCAGCAUCAGCGUCAUGGUGGGCCAGCCCAUCACAUCAGUGUGGUAGCCCAUUGACUCGAUUGACAAUCAUUUGACUUGAACUCCAAAAUCUAUCACUGCAUGAGGCCCACCAUGUGGAAGAGUAACGCAUUCGAUCAAAUAUACAUAUAUGUACGUAAAUGUAUGUAAAAAAGGUGUUUGAAUGCCAAAUUAUGCCAUUUUUGGUGUCUGCUUUUCUCUGUACGCAUUUUGUUCACUGGUGCUGAAUGUUUUUUUUAUCAUUCAAAGUCCUUCUUUCAAAGUAAGCCACAAUCAUGUUAUUCUUACUGUCAACGGAGGUGCGUGUAAACCCACGCAAGAUUCUCUAAAUUCUAAAAAAACAUGUAAAACCCAUAGAAGUUUUCAAUUUGAGGUCAAAUGGUAGAUUAUGAUGUCAAUGUACAAGAAUGGGUUAUGGCAAACAGCAGGGAUUUUCAUCUCCGAGGAGUGUGUUAGAAUUGCAUAGGUGGGGGAAGUGUGAGACCUGAAAGUCCCCAGGAAACAGCACCCCUGCUGGUCGUGGUUUGUGUGGCUUUCCUUUCAGUGGACGAGGUGGGGGUGAGCGUUGUCGUGUUAGGGGUGGGUAAAAUGUAAGUGCAUGCGUUAAGGGAGGGCUGCUGCUCACACGCUAGGGUCUCCAGCGUUACUUUUGUCUCAGUUGCUUAACAGCAAUCUCUUCCAAGGAGCGUAGCAGCCCAUGUAUUGGGAUGGUUGCAUAGGACCACCUUUUGUCAUGUGCUAGUUUUCACUGGGGAGACGUAUGCCACAGGUGGCUUACCUUCCUCGUCGAUUAUUUGCCAAAUGACUUUUCUCGGGCAAAUGUUUCAAGUUGAGUGAUGGGUUUCAAAGCUGAAAACCUACCAUUUGACUUGAGCAUCACAGAGUCACGUCAUAGCUCAUCAUUCAACUUCAACGACACGUCACAUCACAACCCAUGAUGCGGUGAUGAAUGAUCCCCAUGAUGGCCAUCACGAGUGAAUUUGUUGACCCGCGGUUGCGACACAAGUUAUUAGCUGUACCCAUGGACAGCUCAAAACACGGAACAGUGUUUCUAAGAAAGGUCCGCGACGGGUCGUACCUGCUGUCCUCAACAGCUGAUCACGAUUUGCGAAAAAAAAGUUAUCUUUCUAUGUGUCUUGGCAAGUUGAUAUUGAAAAUAAAUGUCCCGGCUUUCAGACUUAAAUGUUGCAAGAGAGAAAUUUGUUCCGCCGAGGGACAGAUGGCAUCAUCAUUUUUAUGUGGUUGAAUGAUACGAGAGUGCUAUAUGAAAAGAAUGAAUUGGGAAAGACACAAAGAAAUGAUAGGCACUUUCUUAGGAACUGCAUUGAUGCAACAAAGAAAUGUGUUCUUGUACAUAAAUUACGGUUGAUGUUUUAGAAAAAUAAAAGUGUAGCACUGUA